AUGACAACUUCAAUUAGUUCUAACGCUUUUGACACUUCUACUCCUGACAUGAAAGGAUUGCAUGUCAUAGAGUUUAUUACUAAUGACCAAUCCUAUUCGACAGAAAAGUUACUAGAAAAGUUGCAAGAAUUCCAAACAACUUUCCUAGAAGAUUUUGAAGAUUAUAAUGUUGGAUCAUCCAAGUUGCAUUCAUCAUACCAUCAGUUUGCGACGACCUUUCCUUUUCUAGGAACUGAAAAGGAUACAUGUCUAUUUCAAUCGGAUGAUGGACUACCUUGUGAUGAUGCUCAUUUCUUUGAUGAUGGAAUCAUCGAGACCGCUGCAGCUGUCGUCGCUGAGGAUUUAGAUGCUGGCGAUGAUGCCGAGAAUGCAAUGAUUCGAUCAGCCAUAGAAAAGAUAAGGAAGGCGACUGAAGAGCAAGAGAAACAACUACGGUACAAAGAAGAAGAGUUACAAGAACUCUACGAAACAUUUGCUGAAUUAGAAGAAGAGUUAUACGAGGUUUCGUCAUCUGAUCAACCUCAGGCAUCUAUCGGAUUCAGUAGAGCAAAGUAA